AUGAGCCGGAUACAACUCGCUGCUCAAGAGAAGACUCCUCUCACUACACGUUUGGCAACUGGAGAGCUUGUACAAGAUUGGACUGGAUUCGAAGAAGCUCGGCUCUUUGAGGCUGCGGUUCUUGAUCAGUCCACUUAUCGUCAUAUACCCAGUGCCACAAUUCGUCAAGAAAGCAACGCACUCGAACAGAUAGAGAUGAUGAACCAUUCGGAUUGUGGGUGGAAUGAACUUGUGCGUGUCAUGGAUUGCAUCUAUGAAGAAUAUGCAUGGCUACAAGACCAGCACUACAUGAAACCAAGCAAGUCGCGAGGCGUGCCGGCAGAUCAGAAGAAGAAAGUCGCAAUCUUGGAGAGAUUUGCCAAGAUGCUCUUUAUACUUGUCAAAAAGAUGCUGCAGCAUACCAUGGCCUAUCGGAUUGCGAGAGCAAUCAUUGUAGACAAUGCAACCGAGGGCGAGCUUGCCAACGUUUUUAGUGAUCUAGACCCUCCAAGGUUCUGCCGCGUUGCUCAAAAACGUGGAUGCGAAGACAUGACUAGAGCCAUCAAAAGCAGCAAAGAUCCGAAAAACAAAAGCCGUUCCAUUGCGCGCAUUGACCUGGAAACUCUCACACGGAUGGCAAAGCACAUUCUCAAGCUCUUUCUUGGGGCACCAAGGAACUAA